AAAUGUAAAAUAGUAAUAUUAAUUCAUAUAUUUUUCAGAUGCAUCCAGAUGGAGAUUUGAUUGAGUAGGAACAUUUUAAAAUUCUACACCAAAUCUACUCAACACAACCCAAAGGCAGAAAAAUUUGUCCUAAAAUAACAUCUUAUCAUGUGAAUCUAGACACUGACAGUAUUUUAAAAAUGCGAGUUUCUCUUUCACUUCAGGUUUUCAGUAACUCUGCUGCCAGGAGUUUGCGGUUUUAUAAAGAUUAUGACUCGCGGUUAUCUACCUGUAGAGCCACUAUUGAAUUUUGUACAAUAAUAAAUAAUAUGUUUGAUGCCUUAAACAGAACAUCUAUAGAAACAGCUGUUCAACUUUCAAGCAACGAUAUUCAAGUACUUCGUGAUUCUUUAAAUUGGUUAAACCAGUGGGAAGAAAAUGUCCAAAAUGGACUAAUAAAAAAAGAAAAUUUUAUUACGACUGACGCUGUGAAGGUUUACGGAUGACGCUAAAUUCAACUCUGGAUUUACUAAAAUAUUUACUAGAAGAUUUAAAAAUUGAAUUUGUUUUGAUUGGGAGAAUAAAUCAAGACUGUUUGGAGGUAUUAAAUAGUGAAUAGCAAUUUUGAAAUUCAUAUGAAUAUUUAUGUAAAUAAAUAUAAAUUUAUAUAAAUAUUUUUAUAAAUAGUCAAAAUUCAAA